UUGUACUGGUUUGUGGGUAUAUGAUAAAAGCAAUAUUUACUGACAUUUACCAGUAAAUAUCUAAUCCUUCCAAGCCUAUUUAUAUUGUAGUCCAAGUCUAGACUGUUAAUUACUACAUUAUCAUACAAGUAGAGGCUAGAGUUUGAGAAUCUUUACACAACCUGAAUUUCCUCAGUAUAGCAAAAUUAGUGAAGUUCUAAAUGUUGAUUCCACAAGACCUGUAUUUAGAAUUUUUUUUCUAAGCACAGUGCAGGGGUUACCUGUUCACUCAGCUCUCUAACUAAAGAACAUCAGAUUAGGGACCCAAUCUUGUAAAUAUUUAUACAUGCACUUAACUUUGCACUGUGCAUAGUCCCACAGCAAUCAGUGAGGGUAUUCAUGCAGUGUGAACCACGUAUGGGCGCUAGUUUACCUGCCUACGAGAUACAACUAAGAUUAAUUAUAAAUGCAGAAAUAAGAAUGUGGUGGUGUUUAAUAACUUUGUCCCUUUUAAAGCUUAACUUUAAAAAUGCUGGUUGCAUACAAUAAUUUAUAUUUCUAUAGUGCCUUGCCUUUCAUCUUAGAGUGCUUUACAUACUUCAGAAUGCUUCUCUGACAUAAAUAAAUGUCACCCUGAUUUUGUAGAUUGGGAAACUGUGGUACAGAGAAGGUAGGUUUCUUGUCCAAACUCAAAAAGUGAAUCAUUAACAGAAUAUGUUAGUAGUCCGGAGUUCUCCCUACUCUGCCCUCAACAAACCACUGGUUAGUACCUCCUUUGUGCACUCUUACAGGCAUACACAAGCAAAGAAUAAACUGCAAGGAAAACUGCAAAUGAAAAUAUAUACGAGGCCUGUACCUAAUAAUCUACUAUGCUACCAUCUAAUAUAUUAACAAGACAGAAGAUCCAUGACAUGAAGUGAAAGUGUGAUCUAAGGGUUUCUUUAGUCUGUGUCUGUAUCCCAGUCACUUGUGCCUCUCUGACAGAUUGAUAAAUAUAUUGUAAAAGUGAAUUACUGAUGUAAACUUAAAUCAAGCUAACCUGAACUCUCACAACUUCUAUGUUUUCAUUAUUGUGUUUUAAGGUUUCAAGUUUCUGCCCUCCAGCACAUUCUUGCAAUGAUUGGAUUGGUCCUCCUGACAGACAUUCAAACCUCCGACCAAUAGUAUUUCAUAUUCCUAAAAAUGAAUCGCCAGUGGGACGAAGACUUAGGGAAUUUAGACAGGAAACUCAAGUUUGGAACCAACAAUUCUGGGCAAACCAGAAUGUGUCAUUCAGAAAGGGAAAAGAAGAAUUCGUUUACUCAAGACUCAAGGCUAAAGGUCUGGAAAUGAAAGAUGAAACAGGUCAAAAGGUAACACUGAGUGCAGAAGAAAUGGCAGAUUUUUACAAGGACUUUUUAAGUAAAAAUUUUAAAAAGCACAUGUGUUAUAACAGAGAAUGGUACAAACGUAAUUUUACUAUCACAUUCCUCAUGGGACAAGUGGCCUUUGAGAGGGCUUGGAGUAGGCUCGGCUGGAAAAAGACAAAAGUUGGAAAUUAACGCUCACCACGUCAUAUAGAAUACUACAACAACACAGUAAAGCCUGUUGGAGUGACACACUGUCUGUGGUCACAUUGAGACUCUGAAUUACUGCCCCGCAACUACUGUUUACUUUGUAUAUCGGGCCACAUGAAUGAAAAUAGCUGCCGAUCUUGACUUUUGAAUGUUCCAGUGUAACAUGGUAAUGCAAAGUAUGCCCAGCCAAAAGCUAUAUUGGCAAUUUACCAACAGCCUAAGGGCGGCACAUAAAUUUACACAAAAUGGAAUAGAUUGCAGCCACCCUCAUCUUUAAUCUGGCGGUGCAGCCCAUAGAGACUAUAUGAUCCAACAUACCAUGCUUCUAUCUUGUUCCGCAUCCUGUAGUUUCCAUGGGCCAUAUCAGUGUAUAAAAGAUGGAAGUGGCCAUGGUCUGCACUGACUACAUGGGCUACAAUUUUGUCACCCUGGUAUAAUCAUCGUAGAGGUAAGUGCAGUUUGUGAUUAUACACUGAUUAAAUUUAACUUAGAUUUUUAAACACAUUCUUACUUAAAAGGGAUUCUAAUUACUCUAAAUAACACUUAAAAUAUGAUAUAAAUUUAAUACCCUUAUAAAUGACCAAAACAACCAAAUCUUCUUAAUUGAUCUAUUCUUGCGAAAACAAACUUGUUGACUAAGUGAUUUGUCUCAGCUGUCAGAGCUCAGAUGAAUAAAUUUAAGAUUUUUUAGUUGACAGUCAUUUAGCAGCUAUGAUAGAAAGGGAGUUGAAUUCAGAGGGUGAAGUGUUAGUAAAUGCCAAUUCAUGCCUGUUAAUUACCCUGAAAACACUUGCUGCUCUCACCAGGUUCCUUGAGCACCCAAAAGUCCUGCUAGCAUCAGAGGGAUUUAGGUGCUCAAGGAAUGCUGUCUCAUUGGUCAGGUGUGCUAUUUAAACUAAUUCUUGCAAUUUAAUUGUACCAUUUAUGUAUUAUUUAAAAGAAAUGACCUUCUACUGAGGGUGUUUCCUGCCCAUUACUGAAGUUGAACAGAUGUGUCAUUUGCUUUGGUACCUGAUAAGUGGAUUCUGCUGAAUGGAAUGUGUAUGGACAAAUGUAAAUGUUUGAAUUCCAGGAGUGAUAUUUUUGAUACAAUAGUAAAGAGCAGUAGAACUGCAAAUAUUUGAUGGAAAACAAUGUAUGAUUCAUUCUUGGAUUUGAAAAAAUCCACAGCAGAUAUAUGAAGUUCUCAGAGCUAACCAAACUUGUUACCAUUCUCACCCUUCCAAGUGGUCCCCAGUGGUAGGCACCACCUCCUCCCAGUUGUUUGGCGCUCAAUCACAUGGCCACUGCAUGCUUGACCAAUUGCUUGGGAUCAGCAGGGGUAGCAAUCCUCCACAGGUAGCCCAUAUUUCUAUUAAAAUCAACCAAAUAUACAGCCAAAAUAUAUUUCCUCAAAACUCUAGGUGGGAAUGAUCACCAACACAAUAUUUCCUUCACAUGCAUGUGUGUACACAUACCCUCCAGCCCUGCAAAAGUUACUUUGUGAAAAUAGCAUAUUUGGAGUUCUGCAGGUUAGGGGAUGGGUCCGGGGAAUGAGGGGGCAUGGCCAAGGGACAUCAUCUGCUAGCAUUUGUUUUCAUGCUGUCAUACCCCCUCAAAGAAGGUGUAGAAGCCAAGGCUUAAUGUUUCAGCCCUCUAGACAUGUUUUGAGAUCCAAAGAAUAAUAUUGCAGUACUCGGGUAUCCAUGAAUUUGGAAGUCACAGCCCAUGCAAGUAAAUUAUUAAACAUGCAGCUUUUCUUUACAGAAAGAUAAAGAUUUUUCACAUAAAUCCCAUGUGUGGUUCCUGCAUUGACCCACUAAUGGCCCCAUAAUCUGGUCUACUUAUGUCAAGGCACCCACAUAAUGACUUAAUGGUCUGUUGGCUAAAUAAUGGUCUGGCUAAAUAAUCUGUUAAUUUUCAAGUUGUGACUAUGAGCCCUGAAAAUGUUUCAGAAAUAUUGUGAUCUGACUUAAAUCCAUAAGAGAAAGUUUUGCGUGUAAAUCUAAAUACCCAGGUAAACUCUCUUGCUUUGGAUUUUUUUUUUCUGUCAACACAAAAGCUGUGUCGACCUGGGUUUUGAUCAUUCUUUGCUCUUUCUAUCUUUUAAUACCAAUGUAAUACUGCUAUGUUUCCUUGGACAAAAUGGUUAUGAAAGUUAUGUAUUACAUAGUAGUUUAAGCUUGGAAUUGGCCCUGCUGUGUAUUUAUUACAAUAUUUUGUUUGAAAUGUCUUAUCCUUUUCAGAAUAUUGUUUUUAUCUUGAAAUAAAGCAUUAGACACGUUA